GCAGAGCGCUCUCGCGCAGGCGAGGGACCUGCGCGCGGGCGUUGCGCGGCUGGGCGGCUUCGGUCAGAUCGACUUCCGCCUCGAGCGGACAGGCGAAGGAGGCGGCGGCGGCGGCGGAGGCGGAGGCGGCGGAGGCGGAGGCGGAGGCGGAGGCGGCGGCGAGGCUGGGGGGGAGGACCCCUCCCGCUGCAUCACGAGGCGGAGGGCGGACGGGAGCGAGGGGUGGAGGAGGAUCGAGGUGACGCCUCCCUCCCUCUCGCUCAAGCCGACGGCCGCUCCUCCUCCGCCACUCUCUCCCUCCGAGGCGGAGGGCGGGUAUUUGUGCGACAGACUGCCGCCGCCCGUCGCGAUCGACUACUCGACGCCUCUGAUCGAGGAGCUCAAGGAGCGGCGCAAGGCCAUCCGGAACAAGGCGUGCCACAACGAGCUCGACCUCGACGUGAUCGUCGAGCACUGGAAGUGGUUCCAGGAGCAGUCCGACAAGCUCGACGUGCAGUGCCACGACCUCUCCGUCCGCAGCAAGCGCUUGCUCAUCCGCCACCGGCGCGGCACCGCCUACAGCAACCAGGUGGCCGGCCUCGAGAAGGAGCGAGAGGACUACAACGCAAACAUUCGCGCGCUGCGCGCCGACAAGGAGUGGAUUGAGGGCACCAGCGCGUGGAGGCACAUCAUCAAGCUGACUCGCGAGCACAUCGUCACCACCAAGUCGGGCGAGGUGUUUACGACCGAGGAGCUGCGGCAGGACGAGGAGGAGUUCGGCUCCUUUGAGGAGUACGUCAAGCGCAACGGCUUGCGCUGAGGGUGGCGUGCGGCGUGCGCCGCGGCGGCGAGGCGGCGACGAUGGCACGUGGCAUUUCUCAGGUCACAGGUCAGACUCAAGAGUCCGGCCCUCCGCUCUUGGCUCUAGCGGAUGAAAAGUGUCGCCUCUCCCCCUACAUGAUUAUCGUGUAUAGAAUACCGCAAACGGCUUUACGGCUUUACA